AUGGACGAAGACACAAGGACCACCAGUGUCCCUAUCCUGAGGUCCAGGCAGGACUGGCAUGUCUGGUACCGAGCAAUACACGACUUCGGAAGGGCAGAGGGGGUAUGGGACCUAGUAAGACCAGACCUAGAAGGAGAACCAGCCUUCCGAACGGAACCUGCACCAAUUACAAGACCACCCAAGGGUACAGACGCCAGAACGUGGGACAAGUACGAAUUAGACCUCGCAAAGCAAUACAAGGAAUUCGACCAGUACGAUAAGGAGCAGGAUGCACUACGCAAGUUUCGAUACCACUUAGUAUGUAGCGUACAACACCCUAUCAUGACGAGUCUGGCGCUAGAAGAACACUCCCACGUCAUCUUUAAAAAGCUAAAGGAACGCCUCUGCCCAACACAGUCGGAGAGAAGACGAGAUGUAAGGCAACGUUGGAAGUCUUUAAUGGAGGACCCGCCGGCGAAGGACGUUGGUAUUUGGCUUCAAAAUUGGGAGAAUACCUAUGAAGACGUGAAGGAACUCGGUAUAUUGGAUGAAGAAUCCGCAAUUGACGACCUUAUCGAGGCCAACGAACAAAUCGACCCCAUACCGAGACACCUUUCACCAAGUCGUCAGCAAGUUCCAGAAGCGCUACAAGAAGAAGCCGCCAGUGCACAAGUCCAAAUAUCGAGUCUACCAUUAGAGAUUCCGGGAUAA